AUGGCUGACCAGAUCGUAUCCGAGGACGCUACGUCUGUUAUCAUGAAUCCCGAUGGAACCUACUCUGCUGUGCCAUACGCAGCCACUGGGGACACCGGCCAGGUCUACCUAUCUUUGAACGAUUUAGGAAUCCAAAACGACGGCGAAGAUAUGGUGCUGAUAGCCGCUGACGACAACCUAGACAUGGCUACCCUCGAAAGCUUGAUCGCCUCUGGAGCUGUCACAACCGUUACUGGGGAAGGGGGCACGGAAUUUGUCCAGCUGGCCGAUCAGACCCUUGUUGAUGGAACACAAAUAAUAGAAGUGUCUCCCGAGCAGAUGCAAUUCUACGACCCCGCAACUAAAACUUAUUAUGGCGCUCCAGGGAUUGUUUCUGGUUCUGGUGGAAUUUUGACGAUGGCUGGAGCUCAACCUGGUGGAAUAACUUAUAGAUGUCCUUCUUGUCCUGCUGUUUACUCAAAUGCUAAUGCCUUCACCAAGCACAUGCGCGAAAAGCAUUUUGUCAAAGUCUACACAUGUCGUCAAUGCGAAGAAUUCUUUGAGACACUAAGCCAACUUUUUUUACAUGCCCGAAGAUGCCACGUUGAUCCUAAAAAGCCCAAACGAAAUCCGGCAAACUACAAGUUUCAUUGCGAUCAAUGCAACUACAUGACUAACAACGGUGGCACCAUGGAGCACCAUAAAAGGGCACACACGGGUGAGAAGCCAUUUGUUUGUGAUGUUUGCAAUAAACGAUUUGCACAAAAGGCUAACAUGAAAACGCAUCGUAAUCGUCACAUAUAUCGGGAUAAAAUUUUCCGAUGCGAUACGUGCAACAAAGCCUUUUCGUCUUAUGACAUUUAUUUGGCUCACCUGAGAACUCGGGAACAUGAACUGCGUGAACAUUUUGCCAUGAUGGCCUCUUCACAGUUGUCUCUAGAAUGUCUGGGAUGUUCAUUGACUUUCGACAGUAUCUAUAACCUCAAUAAGCACACAAGGAGCUGUCGCAUCGUGCGUACUCUUCAAACUAAGUUUCGUUGUUUGCCGUGUAAUGCUUACGUCAGUGAUGUGGCCUCUCUAAAAGCUCAUGUCAAGGCGCAUGAAGGUAGCCAAAUCAUCUCCUGUCCUGUGUGCGGAGAACGAGGUUUUCCAGGAUUUAACCAGCUCAAUCAUCACAUCACUCGGGCUCACGCUCUUAAGGUGAACCGCCGUCACGUCUGCCGAUACUGCGAGUCCACUUUUGAGAUGAAAAAGGACCUGGACACUCACAUUCGUAGUAUGCAUGCGGAAGAACGAAAUGCACGACAGUCUAGAGGUGCUGUUGGCCGAUUAAAGUGUCGGUAUAGCCAAUGCGAGUUUACUACCAACUCGAUUAUGCUGCUGGAUCGUCACCAUGAUCAGCACAGGCGCCAGGAGGAGGAUGGGGAGGAUAGUGUUUCACUCCCCCCAGCUCGCUAUGUAUCCAGCACCAAACGCAGGCGUCUCCGUGGCAGUAAGUUCGACUCACUCUAUGGAGAAGAAGAGGAUGACGAGGCGGGAGAGUUUGCUGAAGGCGAGGAGGAUUUCGAAGUAGAGGAAGAGGUGGAUGAUGACUUAGCUCCUGUUGAAGAUGGAACAAAUGUCACUCGUCGGACAAUCACGCUGAUCAAAGCAGCACCGCACAAAAUUGUGGAGGGGCGUGGUGAACAAGUGGGAGGUGGAGAUGAUGAGGCUUUAAGACCGUUAGCCGAGACACUGUCUUCCACCGCUAUGGGAAAUUCAGGUUCCGCUUUAGCAGCCACAAGGAGGUCUGCAGUCACGCCGAGCAGACACCUUCCCAUAGCUCCUUCUAGUCGUCGUAUCACUCGUGCUCGCCGCCUACCUGCGUGGUACAAGGACUACGACACGGACUAUAUUGGAACAGGUGAGGAGUCUCCCACCGUUGAAGCCACCAUCAAAUCUCGACUCCCAGCAGGCAUUGAACUGACCGACCCAACUGCUGCCGGGGGGGAGGAUGGAGUGCCAACUGAAGAGUGGAACGUCGUCGUGUACGACGAUGAAGAACCCAUUGAAAGGUCGGAUGACAAGGAUGAGGGAGAGGUUGCCGCCUAA